AUGGCUAUUUUUGCGUGGCUCUCAAGACGCGUCGGCGGUCUAAGUCUCAUUGCUCUACUAAUACUCACCUAUUGGGUGCUUUCACACGAGUACACCGCCGCUCGAAGUCUCGUCAAACCCGACUCCGCAGACAAGACGCCCACAUCACCAUUCAGCUAUGGCGCUGGCAUUUGGUCCUACGUCUUCGCCUACUACACCCUGUUCAUUCACUUUCUCGUCUUCAUUGCGCCAAUUCGUGCCUGCAUGGCUGUCUGGGACAUUACCUCUUCUCUGAGAAAAGAUGCUCGACUGCACGCGAUUCGCGAAUACAAGCUGCGUCGACCUCGCCGUGAGUCGCAGGCAUCCGUCUCAAGCUCCGAAACUCUCACUACAGAGCGAUUGAGCAUUUCCGCUUCGUCGACUGAGGUUAUGAGCGACGUGGAGCUCAGCUCCAUGUCCGAGUCCGAGGAGCCCACAGCGACCAACGUCAUCCACGCCAUCAUCAUCCCUAACUACAAGGAAGAAAUCGAUACUCUCAGAGAAUCCCUCGAGGUCCUGGCUUGCCAUCCUCACGCCGCCAUGACUUAUGAUGUCUACCUCGGAAUGGAACAGCGCGAAGCCAAAGGAGAAUCCAAGGCUCUUGAGCUCAUCCAAGAAUUUGGCAAAAAGUUCCGUCGCAUGGACUACACUUUGCAUCCUGGCGACAUUCUCGGCGAGGCUGCUGGUAAAGGAAGCAACAUGGCCUGGGCCGCCAAGAAGCUCAGUGAAAAGUACUCGGCCAAGACUCGUAACAACGUAGUCAUUACGAGUAUGGAUUCUGACAGCCAUCUCGCUGCCAAAUACUUUGCCGAAAUCUCCGACAUGCACCUUUCCCACCCAGACACGGCCCUCUCCACGCUCUACGCAGCGCCCAUCAUUUUUGACCGCAACGCUCAUAGUGUUCCCGCGCUUGUCCGCACAGCCGACGUUCUGUGGUGUGCGGCCGGCAUGUCUGGCCUGUAUAACGGAUCCGUUCUGUCGCCUCCCACCUCCGUCUACUCUGUUCCCCUGGCUCUCGUUGACCGCGUCGGCGGCUGGGACACGGAUGCUGAAGCCAUCGGCGAAGAUUUGCACAUGUUUGUCAAGUGCUUCUUUGCCACCAACGGCAACCUGACCUGCCGCACCAUCAUGAGCCCCGUUAGUCAGAGCAACAUCACUUCAGGCAGCGGCGCCGGCAUCCGCGGCACCGCCCGCGACAUUUGGGCUCGCUACAACCAGGCCCUGCGUCACAUGUGGGGAGCUCUCGACUCUGGGUUUGCGCUGCGACAAGGUGCCAGGCUGUGGCGUGAUAGAAAGCUGACGACGCGAACAUUUCGCCCACUGCACCAAAACACAGGGAGUGAUUCCGACUUUUAUGUCCCUGAUAGCCAGGUCAAUGGUGACGACGCCGAGACGGCAGUCGAGAGCGGCGUCUUUUCGGAUGUGGUGCAGGAAACCAUCCAAGAACCGCAUUGGGAACGCAUCUUUUACAUGUACCACCGCUUGUUCGAGGCGCAUUUCCUCCCGGUGCACAUGGCCGUGCUCGUGGUAUCCUCGGGCAUCUGGAACUGGAUCACAGAGAACAACGGCGACCCCAAUGGCCUUAACUGGACCUUUACCGUGUCUGCCAUUCUUCGCCUGGUUGGCUUCGCGGCCAUUGGUGCGUACCUUUUCCUGUACGAGAGCUAUCACCGCCUGGCUGUCAAGGCCCGCGAGCGCGAUAUGCGACACGCCGGCCUGGACACGGGCAUGUCGUUUUCGCACCGCUGUUUCAAGAAGAACGUUUUUGACUACAUCCUCAUACCCCUCGUGGCGCCGCUGUACGGCACGCUGCCAGCGAUGCAAGCGGCCGUGGCGCAGCUCUGGACUGUGGAACUUGUAUACCAGGUCAGCAAGAAAGAAAGUCGACAAAAGCUGGAGAAGCCCUCUGUGGCGGAUAUGGCAUAA